CAAAAUCGCAUAAAAAUGAGUUCACUGAUCAUCAAGAAAUCAUAUCCGAUUCAGUCGUUGUGUGUUUUAAACGAAUCAAAGUGUGAAAUAACCAUGAAAUUCGCUAUAUUUUUGGUGUUGGCCUAUUUCAGCUGUUGCUACGCAAUAAAUGAAACAGUCUGGGGUGUUGAAACUCAAAAUCUAUUGGGAAACAAAAAAGUUGAAAUCAGUUCGUCCAUCUUUCAAGUUAAGGAGUACACAUUCACUUUCCCCGACAUGCCAGGCAAAUUUCCAAUCUAUGGCAUCAAACAUGUUGACUACAAAUCGCAUCCAGUUACUGUGAAGUUCUUGAAAGGUGGCCUUGGUGACUACUUUGUAACCAUUCAUAUUCAAUCACAACGCAGCCAUGGAAUCAAAUCCGAAUUCGUUUUCUUCACAUAAUUAUUGAAUUAUUCAGCUGUAAAUUUAAAAUAUAAAAAUUAUGAAAAAACA